AUGGAUAAGCAAACGGUGCGGGGCGGACAAGAAGAAAAAGUCAUCCAAACAAUUAAAUCCGAAUUAGCCAAAAAAAGCGAGUGGGAGAAUUAUGUUCGCGAUUUGCAAGUAGUUAGUGAUACUAAUAAAAAAAAACUUUUAAAAGGUUAUGUGCUUUGUUCUUGCCAUUUGACCACCGGAUUAGUAAGGUUUUUAUACGGUAUUCUGGGUGUAAUUGGAUUUUUGAAUUAUAAAAGGGGGAGUGAAAGAGACAAUAAAUUACCCGAUUUUGUCUCGGCGGAAGCAAUUAAUAGUCUCUUUGCUAAAUUACAAGAGAAAAAAGAAAAUAAAGCCGUAGUUAAAAACAAUGGCAGCGAAUUAAAAGUAGGUGAUUUAGUGAGAGUUAUCAGCGGCAUUUUUAGCAAUUAUGAGGGGAAAAUUACUUAUUUAGAUAAUAAAAAACAGCAAGUUAAGAUCAUUAUUGAAACUUCAGGUUGGGAGAUUACAGAGGUGCCAAUAAAUAGUUGUCAAAAAGUAUUAAAUUAA